AUGUCACCACAAAAGGAGGAAGCUCAAAACCAACCAAAGCGAAGAUUCAAAAUGAUGGCUCAAAAGAGUAAAUCAAAGCCAAAGCCAAAGCCAAACUAUGAUCGGAAAGCAAAGCACCCAGAUUAUGUCCAAUUUCGGUGCAAUGUCAACGCUUUCAACAGCAUCAUUACGGAUGUAAAAGACAAGCUGAAUGAAAGGCAGAAGAAGCUUCUCAAGAACACCCCAUUUUGGAACUUGAUUGAGGUGUUUUACAACCGAAGGAUUGACAUGAAUAACAUGAAUAAGUCAGACCUUGACUUAGUUCAGCUGCUCAAGAAGUUUGAUCCGGAUACAAAGUCCUUCAAAUUUGGCACCGAAGCAUUCAAGAUCACAGGCAAUGCAGUGACUCAGAUUCUAGGACUGCCAAAUGAAGGAAAAUCUGUCAAACUUGUCAAUGAUAGGUACACUUCUACCUUCAGAAUAAGGCACUUUGGAGAAAAGGGAAAACCAUCAAAAAAUCUGGUAGAAGCAGAAUUACUGAAGACAAUUUCAUUGGCAAACCAACCGAAGAAAGAAAAGGCCAAGGCAGAGCAAAAGAAAGAAGCUGAAGAAGAAGAAGAAGAAGAAGUUGACUACGACAAGGAGGUGGUCAGCAUAAUAUUGAUUCACCUAUGCAUGACAUUCCUUUUUGCCAACGCUUCGUCUACUUUGCAUUGGAAAGUAUUUGAGCACUGUGUGAAUCUGGACACACUUUCAAGCUAUUCUUGGGCAAGUGCUGUUUCAGCCUACAUGAAUGAAUCCUUGGUCGCAAAAGCAAAAGCAAAAGCAAAGAAGGGAGGAGAAGGCUCUAUAGGAGCUGUUUCGGGUUGCAUUAUCCUAAUAUUGUUUCUACUGUGUGAGAGGACAAACAUAAUACAACCAAUCCUGGGCAAAGAGAAAGAAACUCCUGCCAUUCUUAAAUGGAGUCUUGUGGAACUCCACACAAGAUUCAACCAAAUAACGGACUUGAAUGACAUCGAGGGUAUUUUCAAAACUCCUAAAAAGCGAAAAACUACCAGGGAAGAGGAAGACACUGUUGACAAGGUAUUUGAGUGA